AUGUCUAUACCAAGAUUCCUAAAAGUAACAUAUGGACCAUACGAUAAUUAUAUUCCAGUCAGUGAAUUAAGCAAAAAAUCAUGGAAUCAGCAAUACUUUUCCCUGGCAUUUCCCAAACCACCAAGGCCAGGAAAGAAACGGAGAUCACUACCUUCCCAAUUAAGCAACAAUACAGCUCCUGUAAUCGAUGAACAAAAGUUAGCAAUUCACAGACCACCAUUGUGGAUGUACCGUUCGCUGAUGAGAAUUCCCGAGCGACCGUCCGUUUAUUUAGCUGCAAGGAAGGGCCUUCCACUGAAACGACCUCAUUCUGGCAAGAAAGAGUCUAAAGAAGCAGCCUCACCCAAGCCUUUGCCUUCAGAAAAACCAAAGAAAGAAGAGAAAGUGAAAAAAGUUGAAUCUGAAUCAAAGGAGAAGACAGUGUUGAAGAUUGUCAAGGAAGAAAGUCCCAAACCAGUGGCCAAGAAAAGUUCAAAGGAUUCACGGAAGGACAAGGGGUCAGCUUCAGACUCCGAAGGGGAAAAGGCUGCUGGGAAGAAAGAGGCCAAAAAAGGUAAAAAAGAACCGAAGGAUAAAAGCUCAGCUUCAGAAUCUGAAGGUGAAAAGGCUGCUGAGAAGAAAGAAGCCAAAAAAGAUAAAAAGGGACCAAAGGAUAAAGGUAUAGCCUCAGAAUCUGAAGGCGAAAAGGCUGCUGGGAAGAAAGAAGCCAAAAAAGAUAAAAAGGAACCAAAGGAUAAAAGCUCAGCUUCAGAAUCCGAAGGUGAAAAGGCUGCUGGGAAGAAAGAAGCCAAAAAAGGAAAAAAGGGACCAAAGGAUAAAGGUAUAGCUUCAGAAUCCGAAGGUGAAAAGGCUGGUGGGAAAAAAGAGGCCAAAAAAGGUAAAAAAGAGUCGAAGGAUUCAAAAGGUACACCUGCAAAUUCAGAACCUGACAAGGCUGCUGAAAAGAAAGUAAGCAAAGUUGUUACAAAGUCUUCAAAGAUUAAAGAUUCUGCAGAUUCUGACACUGAUAAAGGAGUUUCAAAGAAAGAGAGCAAGAAAGACUUGGCCAAGAAGAAGGAAGGUAAAAAGGACAAGAAGGCAGAGGGAGACUCAAAGGAGGAUGCUAAGAAAGACAAGAAGAAAGACAAGAAAGACAAGAAAGGCAAGAAAGACUCUGCAGGUGAUUCCUCUGAAUCAAAGAAAGAUGAAAAGAAGGCAAAGAAAGAGAAGAAGGCAAAGUAG